CCUUAGCUGGACCAAUCAGAAACUUAUUAGUGUUAUCGUCUACGACUACUAGCUACCAUUGGGAUCUGUGCCUGUUCCUAUAUUAUAUAUCCGAGAGUUAUCACAGCUAGCUGUACCAUUGAAACCUCUGGUUGUUCCUAAAACCCAUAUGCUAUAAGCCCAUAGCACCAGAAUUUCCAACAAGAUGGCUUUGGAUACUCUCCUCUCAUGGUCAACCACCGAGCCAUUUACAAUCCCAGCCACAUUGUUGUUUUUCUUUUUCCUUCUUUUCUGGUCACUCAAGAAAAGAAGCCAACCUAACACACCCAAAAAGGCAAACCCGCCACCGGAAGCUGGCGGUGCAUGGCCUUUUAUCGGCCACCUCCCCCUCUUAGGUGGGUCCCAACCACCUCACAUCACGUUGGGAAGCCUGGCUGAUAAAUACGGACCCAUCUUCACCUUGCGUUUAGGUGCUCAUCGAGCUUUGGUGGUGAGCAACUCAGAAUUAGCCAAAGAGUGUUUUACAGUAAACGACAAAGCGUUUGCUACUCGUCCCAAAACUUUAGCCAAUGAAAUUGUGGGUAAAAACUUAUUUGGUUUCUUACCCUACGGUUCAUAUUGGCGUGACGUGAAAAAGAUAGCCACAGUGGAAGUCCUUUCCGCCAAACGCACGGAGAUGCUGAAGCAUGUGAUGGAACAGGAGGUGAAGGCAGCAAUGAAAGAUAGCUAUGAUUCUUGGGCAAAGAUGAAGGAGAGUGGUAGUGAAAAAGUGGUGGUUACUGAGAUGGAGAAAUGGUUUGCGGACAUAACACUGAAUGUGGUGUUCAGAACGGUGUUAGGAAAACGCCUAGUUGCGAGAAUGGGUAGUGAUGGGAAUGAGGAAGAGAACAAAAAGAUUCGGGAGGUAGUUAGGGAAUUCUUUCGUCUCAUGGGGUUAUUUACUGUUUCCGAUGCUCUACCAUAUUUAAGAUGGUUGGAUUUGGAUGGUGAGGAGAAGAAAAUGAAAAAAACAUCUAAAGAAUUAGAUGACCUUGCUACGGUUUGGCUUGAGCAACACAAACAAAAGAGAAAGAAUAAUGGUUCAGGGGAAUGGAAAAAGGGUGAAUAUGACUUUAUGGAUGUGUUUCUUUCAAUUGUAGAUGAUGAAGGUUUCCAUGGUCAUGAUGGUGAUACCAUAAUAAAAGCGACAUGUCUGCAACUAAUUUUGGCCGGCACAGAUACUACGACGGCAACAUUAACUUGGGCUAUCUCUUUACUUCUCAACAAUCGUGAAGCCCUAAACAAGGCCACACAUGAGAUAGACACACAAAUGGGAGGAAGAACUAAGAUAGUGGAAUCAGACUUGGAGAAAUUUGUGUAUCUUCAAGCCAUUAUUAAGGAAACAUUGCGCUUAUACACAGUCGUUCCGUUAAAUGUGACUCACAUGUCUAUGGAAGAUUGUGUUGUGGGUGGAUACCAUGUGCCCGCUGGCACGCAUCUCCUGACUAACAUUUCAAAAAUUAACCGAGAUCCUUCAAUAUAUUCUGAUCCAAUGGAGUUUCGUCCAGAGAGAUACCUCACAACCCAUAAAGACCUUGAUCUGAAGGGCAAAAAUUUUGAGUUCAUCCCAUUUGGUUCAGGCAGAAGAAUAUGUCCAGGAAUCUCUUUCGCUCUUCAACUGAUUAAAAUGACACUUGCUACAUUAUUGCAUGGGUUUGAUAUCGUGACUCUUGAUGGAGGACCAGUUGAUAUGGUUGAAAUGUCCGGGUUAACCAACAGCAAUGCUUCUCCAGUCCAAGUCAUUCUUACACCACGGCAAUCUAACCAAGUUUACAGUCAAAAUUAAAAAAAAUUAUGGUUGAAGCUACCGUUGUGGGAGUGGGCUGCAUAAUUUCUGGUGUACUUGAUACUAGUUCUUACCCUGCCUUAGGUAUCUCUUUCUCGGUGGUUGUUUCUGAUUGUUCUCUGCUGGUCUUGGCGAUUUCCCCCAUCUAUCUAUUAUUGGCGUGGCUGCAGCACGUUGGUCCUGUUAAGCUUGUGGUUGUUGUGUCCCUUUAUGUUACUUCUUUAUUGUUUUUUGUUGCUAUUUUUUCGCCCAGUUGUUUUUAGAUGCUUCAAUUCCUUUGUUUUUCUUUAUUGUGUCUUGGGUGUUGUUGUCUUAGUGUUGUUUUUGUUUUUCUAUUGGCUACUUUAAUUUGGUAAGCCUUGUACCCAAGUUUUUUGUUAUCUAAUAAUAUUUUUUCAAUUUUCAAAAAAGAAA